AUGGAAAGCGUCUGCGUGGAGGAGUCGGCUGCAGUUGCAUUCGCCGAAGUUGGCGGUCUUCUGAUCCGAGAUGAGGCGCAGGCUGGUCGCGGGGGCCGGAUGCCUACCUGGGACACUCGUUUGAGCGGAAACCUUUUGGUGUAUCGCGACGGACGUCUCGAGUGCGACGUCGGGUGGACUGCCAGCAGCACAGUCGGAGAGGUGAUUGAGUCGGCCGGGGCCACUUGCAACUCCGGUGGCGCCGACAGGUUCGAGGGCUGGGUCGUGGGGCGAAUGGAGCUCCAUCUGUCAAGUUGCGGAGUUCGUCGCUCGUUUGAGGCGACUCUGGAGGACACUGCUCGCGAUCACAUGGAUGUGGCAUUUCGGCUUGUUCUCAGAGGGCGCUUUGCUCGUGGAGUCUGGACCUUCUCCGCCGGCGUGGUGCUCGCAGGGGAGGGACCUGCGCUGCUUCCCGUAAACCUAGAGUGCCCUGCAUUCCCCAUUCCCGGGAGCCCCGGCCCCUCCUUCUUCGCUCAGGUUGGAAUCUCCGGCGAGCGUCUUCGCCGACUUCGAAAUGUCUGGAGCCCUGUUGCCUCUUUGAAGUCGGCUGGUUGGCAUGUUUGGAUGCUUUGGAUGCUGGACAGCAUUGGGGCCCGACUGCCAGUAGGCUUAGCGCCGACGCAUGCCUGCAGAGCACGACGUUCACAUACUUGGUUAAUGUGGCUAGCUGGUAAUACCACGAAGCUAUCAUCUGUUGCCAUGGUUCGCGUCGUAUCACUGAGCGGGCGAGAGGUCGACGUCCGCUGGGGUCCCGAGGACACCUUGGCCGAUAUCGCCGAGAAAGCCAGAGUGGCACUCGGCACCUGCCGCGGACGGCUUCUCCUCGGCACCGACGUCCUUAACUUCGACAGCAAGAUGAAGGAUGUGGGGGAUGGAGUCCUGACGUUCCAGUCAAUUUUGCCCCGCACGCUGGCGAGUUUGAAGGCAUACACGAUCCUGUACGGCGACGGCACCGCGGAGGCGGUGGGGGACCCUGAUCUCGGUGGCCGAGGUGGCGCGCAGGGGGUGAAGGCGGUGCAGUGUCUCUUCGGCGCGGCGCCUGGACCUUGUCUGUGUCGCCUCUUGAAGUUCGGCCUGGAGUCUUCGGCACGGCUCGCGACGGCUUCGCGCAUCGCCUGGGCCCUGGUGCUCUCUUUGCUGAUGAGCAGCGAAGCUCGGGCGCUGGCGGUGCAGCUUGCGCUUAGCCCAACGCACCGAAUGGGCGAACGAUGUGGAUUCAGGAUCUUUCCAGGAACCGCACAGAGCUGCUAUAGGCAGAUGUUGCGCUUGAUUCACCCUGACAAGUGCAGUGACCCGCGAGCCACCGAAGCCGUCAAGGAGCUGCAGAGCUUCGAGCCCUGCCUGAGCAACAGCGAUCCGGAGUCGCUUCGCCAGCAACCGAUGAGUGAUCUGGAGACUCUUCUGGAUCAAGCGAUACAGCCCGAGCUGAAGCAGUCCGGAGAGCCGGAGCCAUCACAGCCGGCCUCGCAACUGCAGCCGGCCGCAACCGGCUUCGUCCUUGAAGUGGGAGCUUUCGGAAGGGGCUCCUCUGCUCCUGCAGUGCCCGCGGUCCGCAAGGGCGUCCCGAAGCCGAAGGCCGCGUCGUCUGGGGCAAGUUUGGAUAGGUUCAUUAAGCAGAUGAAGGCUGUGAACGCUGCUGCCAAGGCUGCAGCGCCCAGCGUUGCAGUGCCGCCCAGCAAGCCGAAGGUUGCAGAGCCCAGCGAGCCGAAGGUUGCAUUCAGCGAGCCCGCGGUUGCAGAGUCCAGCGAGCCGGAGGUUGCACAGCCCAGCGAGCCCGCGGUUGCAGAGUCCAGCGAGCCUGAGGUUGCACAGCCCAGCGAGCCGGUUGCACAGCCCAGCGAGCCGGUUGCACACAGCGAGCCGGUUGCACACAGCGAGCCGGUUGCACACAGCGAGCCGGUUGCAGAGCCCAGCGAGCCGGUUGCAGAGCCCAGCGAGCCGGUUGCACAAUACAGCGAGCCGGCGGAGGAGGCAUCAGCCGAGCCGGAGCCCUUCAUGAACGGGAAGCUGGGUGAGCCGCUCAAGGAGUACAGGGACCACGUGGUGGCGAAGCAAGACUUUGAGCAGUACGGCCCGGACUGCCCGCUGGAGGAAGUCCGACGCUUCCGGGAGUGCCUCUAUCGCGACGAGAAGGACGCGGCGAACUUCAACCCCUACUGGGUCGUGCUGGAGUUCCCCACUCGCACUGGUGUGGGGCCGCUGCCAGAGUGGAACGGCGCGAUGGCCUUCUGUCUUCGCGAAGGCGAUCCCACGAACUUCCUGCUCGUGAGCAAGAACAAGGGCGUCGCGGUGCGGGCCGAGAACGUCUUCAAGGUGAAGAAGGACUGCCUGCCCCCGCUGUUCUCCGUGAUCCUCCAGGCCGGCUGGCAGCGGGGCAACAUCCGCAUCUUCGACAAGGGGGCCUACUACCAAGCCAAGGACCAGGACGCGGCGGAGUUUUCCCCACGGGCGGCGCUCCGAAGCCUGGAGCACCUCGACCCCGUCGGCUACAUGUCCCACAUGGCCAAGCUGGAGGACCGCUUCGGAGGCGACACGGCCCUGCGGACUCGCAAGCGCAAGGCCACGACCGAGGAUGAGUACAUCUACGUGCAGCGGGAGGCCCUCAACAAGCUCCGCAAGGCCGUUGAUGAGGAAAAGGAGGCCAAGGCGAUGCUGGCGAAGUCCGCGCUUUCCAUCGCAGACUUCAACUACGAGACCUGCCAGUGCUGGUAUUGGGACGAGCCGAGUGGCUGCAAGAAGUCCGUGCCCUUGGACGAGGCCGUCGCCACCGCCAUCCAGACGAGGAGAACCAUAGUGCUUUACGGGCCUCCAGGUCGAGGCAAAUCGCCCUUCGCCAAGGCACUGGCCGGCUGGUACAUGCAGCACGUCCUGGGUGGCAAGAUCGACGAGAUGAUCUUCACCGGCACCGUGGACAGCCUCCGCAAGGCGUACCAGUUCAACCUGCUUCAGGGCGGGCGGCCCCUGGUUUUCGAUGAUCUCCUUGCCAACCGGCAAAACGUGGGGAGCCAAGGAGGAGGGCCGGACUUUGUGAAACAGCUCUUAGGCAUCUCCCGGGAUGAUCGAGCGACUCUCCAGAGUCGCUACGCAGAUAUGCAGAUCCCACAGGAUUGCCUGAGAAUCAUCACGGUUCAAGAUGUCGACAAGGUGCACCCGGGGCUCCAGGCCAUGCACAGCGCCACGGAAACCCACAUCCCCAAGGAGUUCUGCGGGGACUUGCAUGACAUGCCCAUCAAGGAGCAUUUCGACGUGGACCGCCGGGCAAUCCUCAAGAGGAUGGUCGCGAUCUUCGUCCCCGAUGGCAUCCUGAAAGGCGAGGUGCUGGGCGGCCGCGUCGAGUCUGAUCAGGAGAACAUCGCCAGGCUGCGGGAGCUCUGGAGUAAGACCGUCGGCUGA